AUGUGGGAAGUCGAUGAAGAUCAUUACUCGCAGAGGCUCGUUUCAGAAUCCACUUCAUUUAUCCAACAGAUUCCAAUGUCGGCAACACCAGAACUGGACAUCUCGCUUUUGACGCACUCAAGCGUCUCCAUACCUUCGUCCCUGGACUCACAGUCGACAGCAGUCUCCAUCAAGCACACAACAUCCUAUUCAGAGCUGCGAGGUGAUGAUGAUGACUUCCAAGCAGCCAUUGCAAAAUUCGAUAGUGUGUCAACCAUCAAGCCGACCUUCAACGUCACUCCAUCACUUGAGCCGUCAGACAGUCAGGCUUCUUUGCUUGAUCGACACGCCUCAACCCCGUCCGAACAUUCCACGUGGUUGAGAAGACCUUUCCAACAGCGACAACGCCAGCAAGUUACAGCUGAUGGCAACUCAUGGCAGCCUUCCUUCAGACGGACUGGACCUCUUCUUGGGUUGACGGCCCUGGGUUUCAUCCUGCUUACUAUUCCCGCAUCAUCACUCGUACUGGCUCUUUCCAACGGCAAGCCUGUUGACCAGUGGCGUGUGCAGCCCAGCGUCUACAUCUCAGUCCUCACAGGUAUCGGCAACAAGCCCUCGGCUUUGCCAGCAUUCAAGACGCCAUCAUCACUUGGUGGCGGAAAGCCGAAGCACCUGUCGAUGUUGACAGUCACGUCGAUAUGUGCCUGCGUGAUUUUCCUCGACGGGAUCCUGCUGCAAAGCGCCACGUACACUGUGGAGCAAAAUCUUCAGAAGCCAGUGAUGCUACGUGCUAAACUCUCGCCUGAGAUUCCAACAAACUACACUGCUACUGGUGCACUACUUGAUGCUGGUAAUCCCUAUCUGGACGCCGACUUCAGCAGUGGCAUUCACCCCGUGCGGAAGCAAUGGACUGAUGAACUUCCGAUACCGUCACCGCUUCGAGGGUGUGAGGUUAUUUGCACCUCGAAGGUACGAGCGCCAGCAUUGGCUUCUGCAGGCUGUCAAGAAGAGUCCAACUCUUGGCUGAACUUCACGGAGAUCAAGGAAAUAAGAGAUAUGGCCACAUUACCUUCAGGCUGUCAACAGCGUUGGAACAACAUUCGCUGCCAGAUGUUCGAGCUGCACGUCUAUCCCUCUGCGGCUUCUGGCGCCUGGGAACGUGUCGAAAUCUCAUACGGUCGCUUCAUGCCCGUAGGCGACGUCAAUCAAGACCAAUGCGCCGGCAACCUCACAUAG